UGACAAGUGACCCAUUUCAUUAGCGGCACCCAGAGUGGCCAGACCAGGAGGGGACCGGUUCUUUCAGCCAGGGACCCCAAACCUUGCAGCCCUUCCCUGAAAUUCCGGGAACACAGGGCACGUGCUGCACUGUGACAGGUGUUCGGUCCCCUCCCUGUCGCUUCUUCCGAAGUCCCUACCCAGUUUCCUGUUUCUUCCUGACGGGGAGUCGCCACAGGCAGGGAGUUACAGGGGUGGGGAUAAAGGCUGUGGUGCCAGCAGUCCUGGGCACUGAGGGACAGCAGUGACCAUGAGUGACUUCAAGCAAGUGCGGGUGCAGCAGCUGGACCCCCUGGAGGAGGAGCCGGCGGCCAGCAGCGCCAGAGGCUCCCUCAGCCACCACGCACUCCAGCCGCCCUCCAGAGCAGGCAGCUCUGCAGGGUGUCUGAGCUCCGGCUCUGCCCUCCUGCUGCUGCAGCUGCUCUCCCUCAUGGUCUUGGCUGGGCUCCUGGUGGCCGUCCUUGCCCAAGUCUCCAGGGUCCCCAGCUCCCAGGGACAGGAGCAGGAGCUGUCAAAGCAGAAGGUGUGCCAGGAGCUGACCCAGCUGAAGGCAGGAGUCGACCGCCUGUGCCGCCCCUGCCCCUGGGACUGGACGUUCUUCCGAGGACACUGUUACUUCUUCUCCAAGUCCCAGCGGAACUGGAAUGACUCUGUCACCGCCUGCCAGGAAAUGAGGGCCCAACUAGUCGUCAUCAAAAGCGCUGAGGAGCAGAACUUCCUGCUGCAGACUUUUAAGAAUAAAGGCAGCACCUGGAUGGGACUGUCAGACCUGAACGAGGAAGCCACAUGGCACUGGGUGGAUGGGUCACCUCUGUCACCCAGCCUCACGUAUUGGAACGAAGGAGAGCCCAACAACGUGGGGGAGGAAGACUGCGCGGAGAUCACUGACAGCGGCUGGAACGACGCCAAGUGUGACGCUGAGAAAUUCUGGGUCUGCAAGACCUCCUCCUCCUCCUGCCCCAACACCUGAACGCUGUUUCUCUCACCUGUCACUGCUGCCUGACCUGGCUGGACAGGUGGUCGAGCUUGACCCCAGUGUCCCUCCUCUUGCCCUGGGUCUUAGCAAAGCCCUGAUUCCCUGCCUUGGAGUCCUCGUCAUCUAAGGGGCUGGACUGCGAGGGUCCUUCCUUCGAUGUCUGCAGGUUCUCGUGGGCUUAGCGGUUGGGUUUCUGGUCCACCUUUAUGGUUGAAUGCGGUGACCAGGUGUCUGAUGCAUCAGGACCUGGGGCACUCCAUUCAUCUGCUCUGCCUUCCCUGUAGGGUUUGGCGGCCAGGUGCAGCCUCGCUGUCCCCUGUCCUCUGUCCCUGCACACCUUCCUUCCAUCUGCUCAACUUCGUCCACCUCCCUGCAGCCCUGGCCCCGGGGACCUUCCCUGGUUGCUGUAGCUCCUCCUGCAGGCUGGACGCAGCUGGGAAGGGCUUCCCCAGCCAACGACUGAAGAGAGUCGGAGGAUGACUACCCCAGCUCCCCCUCCUGGGAUGCCCAGGGGACCUCGCAGUCCGGCUCCCGAUCUCUCUUCAAGGAAGGACAUGCGGCCUGGCUGCGGGCAGCCCCCUCCUGCCUCGGGUCUCCUACAGGGAGCUGCUUCCUCUGGGUGGGCUCCCUUCCUGACCCAUCCCAUACGGGUGCAGGAGGGUGAAGAUGUGGCCGUGGUGGGCCAACAUGGGCCAACUCUGAAGGACCCUUCUGGUGCCAUGGCUCCCGUGGGGUCAGCUGUGGCUCUGUCAGAGCUCUGCUGACCUCUUCCUCUGCCCCAUUGUGCUCCCCUUCAGGACAUAACAGAAGAUCUGUUUGCUCUUGGGGCCGAUAUUGAGCCGUGGGUGUGCCCUUGGGUAUUUUAGUCUGCUCCCUCACACCUGAAUUUAGACUCAUCAGGUGACUUAGACGGGGGUCUCUAGGAACCUGAGGAUGGGAACAACCACUAAAUCUCCAGGGAGGGGCGUGGAGACGGAGCUAUACAAAUUCUGGAAGAGGGAACUUUGGCAGUUCCACAGCUGGGGGACAUGAGGAAGUACCGGAGGGUGGCCCCUGGGAGAGGCACAGACGCACCCCACAAGAUUCUCUCCCUCCCUUCUUGGGUUCACCUGUUCCGUGUGUCUGUUUCCUUCAUGAUAAACCAGUAAGCAUUUCCCUUAUCGGUAUCCUUUAUAAUAAACCUGUAAGUGCAAGCAAA